AUGUCAAUCCAAGGCAAGGAAGAUUUGAAAAAUGACUAUUCUCUUAAAGAAACAGAGCAUCAAACUGGCAUAGAGUUAAAUGAAUAUGGUGAAGGGUUUGUGGAACCUACAGAAGACGAUUGGAAAAAUCUGAGAGAAGUCGCGGAUGAUAUACCCAAGGCAGCUUAUUUGGUCAUAUUGUUGGAGUUCUGUGAGCGAUUCACAUAUUAUGGCCUAACAGGACCCUUCCAAAACUACAUCCAGCAUCCCAAUCCACCAAGCUAUCCCGCUGAGACUCCAGGCGCUAUGGGUAAAGGUCAACAAACGGCUACCGCACUGACUACCUUCUUUCAAUUUUGGUGCUAUGUAACGCCUAUCAUUGGUGCGAUCAUUGCUGAUCAAUACUGGGGCAAAUACAAGACUAUUCUCGUUUUCUCUGGUGUCUACCUACUAGGGCUUCUCAUUCUUACAUUGACAGCCAUACCAGCUGCCAUUACGUCUGGGGCUACCUUCCCUGGGUUUAUUGUCGCCAUUAUUAUCAUUGGUCUAGCUACGGGUGGUAUCAAAUCCAAUGUCUCUCCUCUCGUCGCUGAACAAUAUAAGAAUUCCAAGCCUUAUAUCAAAACAAUUCAAAAAGGUGGAUCACAACAGCAAGUCAUUGUAUCUCCUCAAGCAACCUAUCAGAAACUUUUCAACUAUUUUUACUGGGGUAUCAAUUGUGGCUCACUGGCUGCCAUCACAACAGUUAUAUUGGAAAAAAAUGUUGGUUUCUGGGCUGCCUAUCUUUUGCCUACCAUCGUUUUCAUACCCGGUAUUCUCAUUGUUCUGGCAGGAAAGAAUCUCUAUGUGAUUAACCCACCUCGUGGAUCUAUCUUCAUUGAAGCUAGCAAAGUCAUUCGUUUAUCUUUUAAAUAUGGUUUAGAAGGUUGUAAACCCUCCAAUUUACGCAUGGAUCAUCCAGAAGCAAUUGACAAGGUCACAUGGGAUGACGUUUUUAUUGACGAACUUCGCCGUACGAUCAAGGCUUGCAAAGUAUUCUGUUGGUAUCCCAUCUACUGGUUGUGCUACUCUCAAAUGACGAACAAUUUGGUCUCUAUGGCUGCCACGAUGCAAACAGGAAAUGUUCCUAACGAUAUCAUGCAGAAUAUCAAUCCUCUCACUCUCGUUCUCGUUAUUCCUAUCGCGAAUUCAUUCUUCUACCCUGGUCUUCGUAGAAUCGGCAUCACUUUCGGUCCUAUGAAGCGAAUUGCUGUCGGCUUCUUCUUUGCAGCUAUAGCCAUGGCUUACUCUGCUGGUAUACAGGCUCUUGUCUAUAGCAAACCGCCCUAUUAUGAUCACCCUACUGGCAACAAAAAUGAUAUCUCAGCCGGCUACAUUGUACCUGCCUAUAUCUUUAUCGCUAUUUCAGAAAUCUUUGCCUCCAUCACAGGUCUUGAAUAUGCCUAUCGUAAAGCUCCUGAAAAGAUGAAAUCGUUGAUCAUGGCUGCCUUUUUACUGACCAAUUGUUUUGGCUCUAUACUUGGAUUUGCUCUUGUUACUGUUGCGGUGGAUCCUAAACUUAUGUGGAUGUACGCCGGUAUUGCCAUCGCCAUGGGUAUCUGUGCUCCCUUAUUCUAUUUCUGUCACGGUAAGAAUGAUAAAUCUGAUGUAGCUGAGGAUGCUAUUGGUACCAGAGACGACGCUGAGGUGGUUGCUGAAUAUGAAGUUGAAAACAAGCCCGCAGUUUAA